UCGUUUACGAAGCUCCCUCCUCCAACCCACCACCCAGGUUCGGUUACUGUUUCGAGACGUUCUCAACCUUCAUUCCUCGGUCCGCACGCCCUUUUACGUUCUCUCCCAAGAACAGCCCGGCCGCAAAGAUGCUUUCCGCUUGUGCUGUUGCCGUUAGGGCGGGCGCCCGCCGCAGCGUCCGCCGUCUCCCCCGGUCACGCUCCGUCGCCGUUCCCGCCGCCCUUCGCCGCGAACGACUAUUCUCCUCGUCCGCCGUACGAACUACCGACAUGAGCACCCGGGGUAUGAUUGUGCAGACUCUCUCGUCCGUCGGGUCCAAGCGGGAAGUCCAACAGUACCUCUCGCUCUUCACAUCCGUCUCGUCGCAACGCUUCGCUGUGAUCAAGGUUGGCGGCGCCAUCCUAACCGACUACAUCGACGAGCUCUGUUCCAGCUUGGCCUUUCUCUAUACCGUCGGGCUCUACCCCAUCAUUGUCCAUGGUGCCGGGCCGCAGCUCAACACUCUGCUGGAGCAGGCUGGCGUCGAGCCUCAGUUCGAAGAAGGCAUCCGGGUGACGGACCCCAAGACCCUGCGUGUCGCGCGCGACCUCUUCCUCCAGGAGAACCUCAACCUUGUCAACAAGUUGGAGGAGAAGGGUGUGCACGCCCAACCCCUGACGACCGGCAUGUUCAGGGCGGACUAUCUGAAUAAGGAAAAGUGGGGGUUGGUCGGAAAGAUCACCGGUGUCAACAAGCAGCCCAUCGAGACGGCUAUUAACAAUGGCUAUCUCCCCAUCCUCACCUCCAUGGCUGAGACCGACGACGGCCAAAUCCUCAACGUCAACGCCGACGUCGCCGCCGCCGAGUUAGCCCGUGCUCUCGAGCCCCUGAAGGUCGUUUACCUGUCUGAGAAGGGCGGUCUUUUCGACGCCGGGGGCCAGAAGAUCUCGGCCAUCAACCUGGAUGAAGAAUAUGAGCACCUCAUGUCGCAGUCGUGGGUCAAGUAUGGCACCAGGCUGAAGAUCAAGGAGAUCAAGGAGCUGCUAGACACACUGCCGCGCGCCACCAGCGUCGCCAUCAUUCACCCCGGAGAGCUCCAGAAGGAACUUUUCACAGAUUCCGGUGCUGGCACGCUCAUCCGCCGUGGCAGCAAGCUGCUUUCGGCCACUAGCCUCUCCGAGUUCAAGAACGUCGACACGCUCAAGGAGGUGUUGAUCCGGGAUCGGGAGGGCCCUGACGCGCUCGCCACCGUCGACAAGUAUUUUGAGUUCCUCGGCGAGAACAACUUCAAGGCAUACUACGACGGGCCCAUGAAUGCCCUUGCCAUUGUCUUGCCGGCGAGCGAUGGACGCCAGGCUACCCUUGCCACCCUCACAAUCACCAAGUCGGGGUGGUUGACUAACGUCGCCGACAACAUCUUCACCGCCCUCCGUAAGGAGCACCCCCAACUCGUCUGGACCGUCAGGGAGGACGACGAGAACCUCGGGUGGUUCUUUGACAAGGCCGACGGUAGCAUCACGCGAAAUGGCAGUGUGAUGUUCUGGUAUGGAAUCGAGAACGGCGAGGAGGUCGUGCAAUUGAUGAAGGACUUCACUCAAAACGGUCGCGCCAUGCUUGGCAACUCCAACCUCGAGUCGCGGUUGCAGCGCGCCGCGACUAACGGCGCAAAGUCCGUCCCCCAGCAAGCUCGCUCAUACUCGACGCUCGCUCGCCGUCCUAGUCUCUCGACCCCGGUCUUUGGUCAGACCGGCCGGAGGACGUACGUCACCCAGACCAACCCCAACCCUCCGAUCGGCAAGAGGAACGCAUCCAAGUCCCAGCCCGCCAGGGUAGCGCUCAUCGGCGCCCGUGGUUUCACCGGCCAGGAGUUGAUCCGCCUGCUCGACUCUCACCCGAACAUGGAUCUCCGCCACGUUUCGUCGCGUGAGCUUGCGGGCACGAAGCUGGAAGGGUACAACAAGAAGGACGUCAUCUACGAGAACCUCAGCCCCGAAGACGUCCGGGAUAUGGAGCGCCGUGGUGAUAUCGACUGCUGGGUCAUGGCUCUGCCAAACGGAGUGUGCAAGCCGUUCGUCGAGGCCGUCUACGAUGGCCGCAACGACUCGAACCACAAGAGCGUCAUCGUCGACCUCUCGGCCGAUUACCGUUUCGACAACACGUGGACCUACGGCCUCCCCGAGCUCGUUACCAGGGCCGACAUCACCCAGGCCACGCAGAUUGCCAACCCCGGCUGCUACGCCACGGCGGCGCAGCUCGGCAUCGCUCCCCUCGUGUCCCACCUCGGCGGCAUGCCCCACGUGUUUGGCAUCUCGGGCUACUCGGGGGCCGGCACCAAGCCGUCGCCCAAGAACGACGUCAGCCUGCUCACGGACAACAUCAUCCCGUACAGCUUGACGGGCCACAUCCACGAGCGCGAGGUCAGCGCGCAGCUCGGCGCCCAGGUGGCCUUUGUGCCGCACGUCGCCGUCUGGUUCCGCGGCAUCCACCACACCAUCUCGAUCCCGCUCAACAAGACCAUGACGUCGCGCGACAUCCGCCAGAUCUACCAGGACCGCUACGCCGGCGAGAAGCUGGUCAAGGUCGUCGGCGAGGCGCCCCUCGUCAAGAACAUCAGCGGGAAGCACGGCGUCGAGAUCGGCGGCUUCGAGGUCGACAAGAGCGGGAAGCGCGUCGUCGUCUGCGCCACCAUCGAUAACCUGCUCAAGGGCGCCGCUACCCAAUGUUUGCAGAACAUGAACCUCGCCCUGGGCUAUGCCGAGUACGAGGGCAUCCCCGUCAUGUAGAUGGAUCACGGCCGCACGUAGACAGGCGUUCUUCAGAGUGGUUGGUUGGUUUCCAGAGCUAGGGCCCCAGGGUUUCAUACCACAUGUCACAUGUCCUCGGCACUUGUGUCUUUUCUUGCUUCUGCUGUUCAUACGGUUCGUUUCCAUCUUCCGGAGUUUGGAGGGCAAGCUUCGUUUCGAAAAUGGGU